AUGACGUCAAGCGCGCCCUCCUUCGUUCUGCACGCGUACUGCUCCUGUGGAGCUGCCAAGCCGCAUGCCAAUCAUCUGAGGCUCAUCGAGACGCCCCCUCCCGAGAAGCUGGAGUCACUAACUCAAACGUACUCGACAUCGGAGGCUGAGUACAUAGAGUCAUGCGCCCACCUCUACAAUGCGAGGAGCACCCUCGCACCACCUUCUGGCAACAGGGGACUGGGCCCCGGGCGCACUACAUCGAGUUGUGGACCCCGCCUGCCCCGAAUUAGUAAUCUCGCCUUCUCCGGGAAAAGAGAAGACUGGGAGAGCUUCCGGGAUCUCUUUCGAGCAUUAGUGCAUAACGAUCAACAGCUCACCGAUGUCGAGCGACUGUUUAACUUAAAGUCUCUCGUGGAUGGAGAUGCCAAAACAGCCCUCGACGCGAUCCAGAUCGUUGGCACCAACUACUCGACCGCUUGGGCCGCGCUCGAGGCACGGUUUAAACACCACCGUCUCUUAGUACACGACCAUCUAACAGUGCUACGCAACAUCAGGCCUUUAAGGGACGAGUCGGCCAGAGGUCUGCGAAGCCUUCUUAAUACGCUGGGUCGCCACCGGGACCAGUUGCAAGCUUUGGGCCGUCCUGUCCUCCAGUGGGAUGACUGGCUGAUCUCUUGUGCCAUGACCGGCAUGGACCCAACUACCCAGCGUGCCUGGGAGGACGAGCUCGAGCGGCUCGAGGGUGCCGACACAAGGGUGGAAUUGAGACUGCGACUUUCGCCGCCAUGA